UGAAUGAAAAUUUUAAUACAAAAAUCAAUUUAUUUUAAUUUUAAACAAAAGAGGAGUUUGUAAGACAUUGAGGAGGAGGGAUUUUGGUUGGAUUUGUAGCGUAAAUUGGUUGGGAACCUUCCACCUUUAUACUUUGAAAAAUCCAUCACAUCAAUUGUCCAGUUGUUCGAAGCCAAUCAAAUUAACUAUGGAAACGUAUGUUUGACUGCAUUCUGCUCUUUGUUUCCAGGCUCCUAGUUUGUGGUUUAUAGUUUUCAAUAGUAAUAGUAGAGGUAGAUGAUUCUCCAACUGGGCAACUCCCAAUCAUCACAAAUAUUCAUUCAUUGAAGCCAAAAGGCCAAAACCCAAGAAAGAAAAAACGAUUGAUUGGAAUUGCUCAAGCAUCGUUGUUCAUUCGCUCCUAAUUUUGAUUUCCUAAGAUAUUUUCCCAAUUUCCCACUUCUCACACCCACUCCUUUCUUCCUUUUCACCUUACUCACUCCCACACACACACACAGGUUGCUUCUAAAAGACAAAAAAUUACUAUUAAUCAACUUUACAUUCAAUACUCUUCCACCUUCUCCUAGUAAUUUUUAGAAUUUUUAAAGCUUUUUCUGUUCUGGGUUCCUGUCUUUUGCUUUUUUCUUUGAUAUUUUCAGUCUGCGAAUUCUUCAAACUCCUUUCAAAUAUAUUACUACCCACAUGGGAUUGGUUCCAACCGCGAAACCCAGAAUCGCAGGUCUUAAAAAACAACGCCAACAACGACGAAGAUGGAUUCUAUAUUGGGUUUAAUCCAACAAUCUUUCAAAACCCGUUACUCCCAAUGGGUUCGCGAAGCUCUCGACGAACUACCCGACAAUUUCACCAUCACCGAUCCUUCAAUUUCAGGCCACCCUAUCGUUUUUGCCAGCCGGGGCUUCCUAAAAAUGUCGGGUUAUUCCCUAGAAGAGGUGAUCGGCCAAAACGGCAAGAUAUUUCAGGGCCCCAAAACCAAUCGGAGAACGGUGAUGGAAAUAAGCGAAGCGAUUCGACAAGAGAGGGAUGUUCAAGUGAAUUUGGUGAAUUACCGUAAAGACGGGACGCCGUUUUGGAUGUUGUUUCAUAUGAGUCCGGUUUUUGGCAAAGAAGAUGGUAGGGUGAUUCAUUUCGUGGCUGUUCAGGUCCCGAUUACCAGGAAACCGAGGAGGAACGGAGGGGUGAGCUUGAAUGAGGAUGGCUCGGGCUUUAAUGAGAUUAUGUUCGGCUCUUGUAGGAAGGAAGUGGAUACCAAUCCUGUGCUGGAAUUGGGUCGUGUUUUGUCCUUGGAUUCCUCUACUAAUGUAUUAGAUAUUGAAGAGACAUGCGAGGCAAGUGAUUUUGAGAAGCGAAUGGCAGCGAAUGCAUUUAACAGCAUCUUGUCUGUGCUAACCAACUAUAGUGAGUCAACUGGCAGAUUGGUCUGUGGGACGAGAUGCAGUGUACCUGGGGUAUGCUACAUCAGUUCAUCAUUAAAUAUAUCACUUGGUAGAAUCAGACAAAGCUUUGUACUAAUUGAUCCACAUUUACCCGGGAUGCCUAUAGUUUAUGCAAGCGAUGCCUUCUUAAAAUUGACAGGCUAUGAUAGGCAUGAAAUAUUGGGGCUUAAUUUUGCAGUUUUGAAUGGCGCUGAUACAGAUUCUUCAACUUUACAUCAGAUAAAGGAAAGUAUUCAAACAGAGCAAGCAUGCACAGUACGUAUUUUAAGUUACAGGAAGGACAAAAGCUCAUUUUGGAAUUGCCUUCACUUAUCACCUGUUCGUAAUGCCUCUGGCAAGGUAGCUUACUUUGUGGGGGUUCAGAUAGAGGAAGAGUGUAAGAACAAGGAGAGACAUGGGCUGAGCCCAGAGAUGAGGCAACUUAGCACUGUAGGUGCAGUGAAGGUUGCAGUGAGGAGCUUAUCAAUGGCUGCUGGCUCCUCUAAGUCAUAGACGGCUUCAAUAUUCUUAGCAGCUGUUAUUUAUCACUCACCAAACACGUGAAUCCAAUCUUACAAGCUUGGAAUCUCAUACCGGUGUUGAUUACUGUAUGUAAUCUCACCGAAAUCACAAAAUGUAAAAGGAAAAGGAAUAAUAAUGGAGAGAUUGUUUCAGGGGUUCACUGGUAUGUAGCAUUGUUUAUAUAGAAAAUGUAUCAAUUAUGUUCUCUUUUUGGUAAAUAAGUGUCUUGACACUAAGAUCAACUUCAAUCA